GUCGGUUUCUUCGCGACGCCUCAUGUUGAGCUCAGAAGUGGCUGCAACUUUGUCAGAUGCCAGAGACUUCUGUCUGCCCGCUGGGCGAGUAAUUUCAGGAGAGCAGCUGCUAUGCACGCGGCUGGCCACGACCUGUUCAGUGAUCCUUUGAUGGCCAUCUGUCAGCCUUGUCUCGGCCAGCAUCACCGUAGUCUACGCUGAUCGUCCGCAGAACUCAUUCAGCACUCCACCGUCUGAACCGGCAGCGCGGAGGUAACUACAGAACCGCAGUCAGUCGUAGCGCCGAGUCUACGCAGCCCAGCACCGCAUUCAUUGAACAAUCAAGGGCAGCCGAACCUUGGCCGAUUAAUUAUCUAGUGCGGAGUACUGCAGAUCUCCAACCCCACCCCUCUCUUUCUCAUAUGCACGACCACAGGCGACACGGAAUGAGCCGAAUACUGGAAUCGAUCGGAUCCACCGUCCACACCGUCAUCCACCGCGCACACGACAACGCGCACGACCUCGCACAAGUGACGAAAUCGUUCGCCGAGGAGAAUCUGCUGGAUGCCCGGUAUGUGGACUUGACGAUCCAGUUCAUUGGCGCUUCUGGGUUACCCAAAGUCGACGUCGUAGGAUCCGCGGAUCCGUACUUCGUGGCGAAAAUCGACGACCGGAUCUCGUUCGUGUCCGCAGUCAAAGUCAAUACGCUCUCCCCUGUAUGGAACGCAUUGUGGAGGAUUAGGAAUGUCCCAGCACACGCCACGCUCUCGGUCGAGGUGAUGGACAAGGACGAUGGGGCGAAGGUCGAUGACUUUAUCGGGAAAUUUUCGACCACCAUUAGUUCUGGUGCGAAGGAGGUUGAAAUCGUGGGGCCCGUGUAUCGGCGCGCGGGUGGCUCAUUCUGGCUCAAGAUAGAAAGUGUGAAGGCUGGAGACGAUCCCCAGCUCUUUCCAUAUCUGUUCGACGGCCCCAUCCGUUUCUCUCGCCAUUUCUCUCCAACCAUCGGGCUCUUGACGAAUACCACCCUCUCCGAUGACUCCAAAUCGCGGCUGUACUCUACCUGGAAGAUGUACAUCCGCGGGAUCCGGCUGUUCUUUGGGGACACCGUGCAGCAAUGGAACCACGGUUAUAAAGCUGCCCAAGCGAUAUUCAAUCCCGGCCCAUCAUCGCUGGCUGUCCGCUCAGGCAUCAUCGCCGGGCAUCGCCUCCUCUACGCCCGGGCCACAACCAACCAGUUCGGGACGAUCGAAUCCGCCGCGGACGUCCUGGGCGUGCUGCACAGCGACGGGCGCGUGAAGCCCGCGGUCUACACGUACAUCAUCUCCGCCGAGGACGAGUCGCUGCGCUUCUCCGAGACGGGCGCGGCGUUCUUCGUCGACUUCGCCUCGAAGCACGCGCUGCACGCGAACUGCCACCCGUGUGUGCGCUACUCGGGCGAGUUCCACCCGCGCCCCGCCGGGGGCUGGAAAGCCUUCAGCGACGCGCAGGCGGACGGGGACGUCGCGUGGGAGAUCGUGGUCGACAACAACUCGGGGACGUACUCCCCCGACAAGACGCUGUUGCCGCAGCUCAAGGCGCUGCUGGAGUACAACUUCCCCGGGCUGACCGUCCAUGCGCUGGACCGCGAAGACCCAGAGCUGGUUGCCAGCCGGGAGGCGUGCAGGGCGUAUGCGCUCGAGCACCGGGGUGUCAAGCGGAGCGAGCUGCAGCCGCAGACGCAUGGAGAGGAGUCGACCGACACCUUGGCUGCUCAGGCCAUGGCCGUCUCGGCCGAGGAGCAGGCAAGCAUCCAGUGCGAGCCGGCGUAAAUGAUUCCAUUCGUGCUGCUCAUAAGAAGCCGUAUUCGACCGUAUGGGAUCACUUUGGAUUUAAUUGUGGGCAGUGUAAUGUAUCGUAACUGACACCGUCAUAUCAUAGCGUUGUAUGUAGUACUUAAGCUUGGGUGUCUGAAUCGAACUCUCGCAGGCAAAUGGUGUGAUGAC